AUGAAAUACUUAAUUGAAGUAAUCGGUGAAACUUUUCUCAGUAUAUCAGACCCAAUCGAUCAUCGUCAUUGGUUCCUUUCAAAAGAACAACAUGCAUAUGAAUUUAUAUUUAUGAAUUUAUUUUAUUUAGUAGUUAUAUUUAUUGGAAUUAAUUUAAAUAAAAAAAGAGAAUAUGAAAAUCAAAGAAAACCAAAACCAAUUCCAGAAAAAGAUUAUCCAAGUUUAUUAAAUAAAAUUGUAGCAAUUAUUUUAGCAAUCAAUGUUUUUUUAAAUCUUAUUUAUAAAUGUCUUCGUGGUUGGAGAGUUGUAUUUUUUAUGCUUCAACCAUGUCAUAUUGUUAGCACAAUCUAUUGUUAUUGUUUACUUACAAAUAAUUAUCAAUUUGGUAGAAAAGUUUUUAAAAUUUCAAUUUAUUAUAUAUUAGUAACAAUUGCAGCAUUAGUAGCACCAGAUUUAGCAGAUUUAACAUUACCAUUUGAAUGUUAUAAUUUUUUCAUUCAACAUUAUGCAUUAUUAAUUGCACCAUUUUUAUUACAAGCCUAUAGAUAUAAUAUUGAAUUUGAAUUACCAUAUGCAUUAAUUUCUCAAGGUUUAUUUGGUAUUUCACAUUUCUUUGUAUUUGAAAUCUUUUGUUUCAUAAGUGGUACAAAUAUCAACUAUAUGUUAUUCCCACCACCAUUAGGCGAAUUUUCUUAUUUAACUCAAGAAUCCUAUAGAGUUGGUAUUGCUUUUAUUUUAUUCAUACUCGCAUUAGGAAUUGGUCGUUUAGUAAUUUUAAUUGGCUCAAAAAUUAGAUCAACUUUUUUACUUAAAAAUAAAUCAAAAUAA